UGGACCUCAUAAAGAAUCUACCAGCAAGGUUAGUGGAAGUCUCAAUUCACCUUUAGGUAAAGAAAUAGAACUUAUUGAUGGUAGAGGUCAAAUUCAAGGGGUCCAACAAUCAGAUCUGGUGGAAAAUUUUAUUGAGAACACAAAUGAAAUUGAAGAUGAAUUUGGGUUGUCUAGUGAAGAGGAAGAUGAUGUAAAAGAUACUGUGCAUAGUGAUGCCGAAGACAAUGAAAAUAUUAACCUUUCAGAUGAUGAGAAUGGUUAUGGAAGUGAUGUUCAUGAAGAGCUAAACAUAGUUAAGGCAGAUUUGAAAGCAUAUGUGAAGAAAAAAAGGGAGCCAAGAAAGAAAAAAGUUGCUGAGUGUUUUGUGGGAGAAGUUGGCAUAGAUCCAGGUUUUGAAGACAUUGACAUACCCUAGAAAAAUCUAACUGGUAAGCUAUUAGAUGAUGAGCCUUUUUAUGACAGUUCAGAUGCGGAUAGCUUUGAGAGUGAAAGUGAUGGGGAAACAGAUGUUGAAAAAUCUGGUAUUUUAAGAGCAAGGAGGAAGGACAAAAGGGUCUCAUAUGAUCCAACAUGGAAAAAAGUCACGUGACAAGUAAAUAUGGUCUUUGGGGAUGUGAAAAAAUUCAGUAAAGCAAUCAGUAGGUAUGCAAUUGAGAGAGGUUGUCAACUAGAUAAGAUCCACAAUGACCAAAAAAGAGUUAGAGUUAAAUGCAAAGCUGGUGAAUGUCCUUGGCUACUUUAUGCUAGCAAAGACUCUAAAUCUCCCAAUUUCAUUAUAAGAACCUACAAUCCAAAACACAAGUGCUAUAAGACCAACACCAAUACAAUGUGCAACUAUAAGUAUUUGGCUAAGUACUAUAGAAAUAGAAUUAUUUCUCAACCUUGCAUAAAGGGGUGGGAAAUACAAGAUUUGUUCAGGGAAGAUAUGGGGUUAUAUGUUGGUAAGUUUGUGUGUUUGAAGGCCAGGAAAAUGGUGUUGAAAAGGGUAAUGGGUGAUCAUAUUGCUGAGUUUAGUAGAAUCUAUGACUACAGAGAUGUGAUUCUUGAAUCAAAUCCAGGAAGCACUUGUGUGGUAAAGGUGACAGAUUGUGAUGAUGGAAAAAAACUCUUCCACUUUUUCUAUAUUUGCUUUUCAGCUUUGAAAAAAGAAUUUAUUGAGGGUUGUAGAAAGUGUAUUAGGUUAGAUGGUUGCUUCUUGAAGGAGAUAUAUCAGGGCCAAUUGCUUGUUGCUAUUGCAAAGGAUGGGAAUAAUCAGAUGUUCUCAAUAGCUUGGGUUGUAGUUGGAACUGAAAGUAAAGAUACUUGGACUUGGUUUCUGAGGAUCUUGAAAUCUGAUUUGGAAAUCAAUGAUGAAGGAGCAGGAUUAACAAUCAUAAGUGACAUGCAAAAAGGAUUAUAUUCAGUUGUUCAAGAGUUACUUCCGGAAUGUGAACAAAGAAUGUGUGCAAGGCAUAUACUUGCAAGAUGUUCACAAGAUUGGAAGGGUACUGAAAGAAGAAAAAUGUUUUGGGCUUGUGCUAGAUCAACAUUUGAAGCUCAACUCAGGAGGAACUUGGACAAAUUAACACUGUUAGGUGAAGGUAUUUCUAACAGCUUAGCAAGCUUUAAUCCUGAAAGAUGGUCCAAAGCAAUGUUCAAGACAACUUCAAAAUGUGACAGUGUGGAUAACAAUAUGGCGGAAAGCUUCAAUGCUUGGGUGUUGGGUGCUAGGCACAAGACUAUCAUCAGUAUGCUUGAAGAGAUUAGGACAAAUGAAUGAAUACGUUCACCAUAGUGGUAGCAUUUGCAGAUAGCUGGACCUAUGACAUAUCCCCAAUGGCAGUGUCGGUAUUAAAUACAAAUGUGGAGAUGUCAAUGAGGGUGGAAAUUAAGUGGAAUGGUGAUAUUGGAUAUGAAGUGAAGGAUGGUCGAUAUAAACAUGUGGUUAACCUAAUUCAGGGAACUUGUACUUGCAGAAUUUGGGCACUGAAAGGGAUUCCUUGUGCACAUGCAAUAGCAGCCAUGCAUCGUGAUGAAGCCAAUCCCCUUGACGCAGUUUCUACAUGGUACAGAAAAGAGACCUACUUGAGAGCUUAUGGAAAUUUCUUACAACCAAUAACCAAUAUAGAGAUGUGGCAUGAGACAUCAAAUCCAAAAGUUGAGCCACCUCCUGUUAGGAAAAUGCCCGGAAGGCCUUCGAAAAAGAGAAAGAAGGAGCUUGGAGAGGUAUCAAGUUGUGGAAAGCUUUCAAAGAAGGGAAAAAUCAUGAGGUGCUCAAUUUCAAGGACGACCUACUAGUAGGGUAAUCAAAAGUGGAGCACAAGAGAAAUUAAUAAGUUCAGCUGUUGUGAUCAGUGAUCUUGGUUAUGCACCAAGUAAAGGUCUCAAAUGGAAUGGAAAAAAUGCUAUCACAGGAAGGCAACUUCAACAUAAAAGUGCAUUGCUUAGGUAUAUGAAAACCAAGUCACAAGCUUCACCACAAAGUGCAACAACAAAAGCUGGAGGUGUUUAGGAAAGACGUGACUGAUUUUUGUUGUUGUUCGAACUACUUUAACUGAAGGUGUUUAGGAAAGACUAGACUUAUUUUUUGUUGUGGUUUAAACUAUUUCUAAGUUGUGUAUUUUGAUUGUGAAUAUGGUAGUACUGAUUUUUGGUCGUGUAUGGUGACUGAUUUGCAGCCCAAAUAGUUAUUGUAUGGUGACUGCUUUUUGACUAGUAGUUAUUGAAUGGUGUUGUUUAACAUUCAGUUCAGUUCUUUAAGUGA